UAUCAAUCACAAUGGAAAGUAGUCAAUCCCUAACCCCUUUCACCUCGGAUGCAGCCACUCUGCUGCCAUCUGAGCCAUCUCUGGAUGAUGCUGGUUCCCAAGAAGCUCUUGACCUGAUGCUACAAGCAAGAGAGAAAUUUGCCGAAGGAAUCGCCCUCUUCAGUGACGAAGACUGGGACCUCAAGAAGGACAAAGAUAACGUUAAAUUAUGGACCAAGAAAUCUGAAGAAGGAGGAGCCAAUCUGUUCAGAAGAGAAGCCUCCCUCGAUCAAUCUGCCGAGGCUGUCAGUGCAUGGCUUAGUGAUCAGCAAAAUCUUGUUGAUAACAACGAUAAAUUGAAGUCUAGCGAGAUCAUUUGUGAACUAAAUGAGCAAGCAUUGUUGAUUAGAAGAGAAAUGAAGGGAAAUAUGAUUGUUUCAAACAGAGAUCUCGCACUCUUCUGGAAUAAGGUUGACCUCACUGAUGGAUCUAUUGCUCACGUGAUGUUCUCCAUAGAGCAUGAUUCUAUUCCAAAGACUAAAUGCGUCAGAGCAGAAGCCGAUAUUAAUCUUCUCAUUCUGCAACCUGUUUCGGAUACAAGCUGUGUCUUGCUCAACAUCGGAAAGAUGGAUCCAAAAGGAAGCAUCCCCACCUCUUUUGUCAAUAAGAUGGUGACAAAGCAGUAUGAUGAUCUAGUGAAAAUCAAGAAGUUAGUUGAAGCUUAAAAGCAGCUUUAAUUCGAUUUGUUAUGUAAUCAAUAUUUUGGAAAUUUGUCACGUAAU